CUGCUCCCUCCUCCAGGGGGCGGGAGGGACACUAUUCAACCCGGAACUGUGAAUGUGAUCAAUUAGAACUUUCCGAAAACUUGGAACGAAAUGUAACACCCAAUCUAUCGAAAAGAAUCAAAUCAUUGUCGCUGUGUUUCGCGCGAACAAAGCGCAAAUGUUUAUCCGCUUGGCUACUCCGCCAUCUCGCAGAGUGUGAUUUUUUUCCCCCUCCCGCUUCCAACAGGGUUGUAGACGCUCAUCUUUCAAAAUGCCGCAGCAAAAAGAUAUAGUAAAGAUUGCCAUUCAGAUGCCGGGCGCAUACCCGCAGCUCAUUCAGCUAGACCAGAAAAAGCCCCUCACUGCUGUCAUAAAAGAGGUUUGCGACAAGUGGAAUCUUCCGGGUCCUGACAACUACGCUCUCCAGUACGCCGAUGGGAUCCAGACGUACAUCACUGAAUCUAACCGCCUGGACAUCAAAAAUGGCAGCAUCCUGCGUUUAACCAAAGCGCCAGGCCGUUGCGCUGAAGAUCUGUAUAAAGGCAUUCAGAGUUCAGACUCCGGCGUGCGCUGUGACUCUCUGAAGCUGCUGGCCACCGUCUCCACCGACAUCACGUUCGCCCAAGAGUUUAUCAGUCGUGAUGGACACUCCCUGCUCGUCAAGAUAGUGGAGGACGCUCACGAGUCAGUUUGCUGCCUGUCUUUGCCCCAUUUCUCCAGCUUACAGUGUUUUAUUGCUGCCCAAUAUAAAGAUCAAACAGGUAAAAGUGUGUGUUCUUUCUCCAGGGCCCCUCUGAUAAUGACACACACUCUCACUGCCUUCAUGGAGCUCAUGGAUCAUGGCAUUGUGUCCUGGGAGAAUCUGUCCAGUGUCUUUACCAAAAAGAUCGCCAGUUUUGUGAAUGCAAAGGUGCUGGACACGUCUAUCCAGCAGGUGUCGCUGGCUAUCCUGGAGAGCAUGGUGCUCAGCAGCAGUAGUCUGUUUAAUGAGGUCAAACAAGAAGUCACCCUCGAGAGACUCCUCUCCCAUCUCCAGGUCACAAACCAGCAGCUGCAGACUAAGGCCAUGGCUCUGCUGAUGGCAAUGUUGCAGGCUGGUAGAGAGGCAGAUAGACAGGAGCUCUUUGAAUUUCUUGAGAAGAGGAACUUACGACAGUACAUUCACAAGAACAUCAUCCACAGCUCUAGUUCAGUAGGAGAUGAGAUGGCCCACUACCUCUAUGUGCUGCAGACGGUCCGUCUAAACCACCUGGAGCCCCGUAUGAGGACGCCUCUGGACUCCUACAGCCAGGAGCAGAGGGACAUGCUCCACGGGCUACGGCAGGCCGCGUUUGAGACGGAAAGCGAGAGCGGUCUGAGUAAUGAACGUAGACGUUCGCUCUGCGCUAAAGAGUUUAAGAAGCUUGGCUUCUCUAAUAACAGUAAUCCUGGUCAGGACUUGAGCCGGUGUCCUCCGGGUCUCCUGGCAUUGGACACCAUGGCGUAUUUUGCCUCGCGUUACCCUGACGCUUAUAGCAGGUUUGUGCUGGAGAACAGCAGCAGAGAGGACAAACACGAGUGUCCGUUUGCCCGCAGCAGCAUCCAGCUCACGCUCAUCUUGUGUGAGAUCUUGCGCAUCGGAGAACCCCCCUCUGAGACCGGCUCAGACUAUCACCCCAUCUUCUUCGCUCAGGACCGACUGCUGGAGGAGCUUUUCUGCAUUUGCAUUCAGCUCCUCAACAAGACGUGGAAAGAGAUGAGAGCCACGCAGGAAGACUUUGAUAAGGUGAUGCAGGUGGUCCGGGAGCAGAUCACCAGGACUCUGUCCAGUAAGCCCACAUCUCUGGAGCUCUUUAAGAAUAAGGUGAACGCAUUGAACUACAGUGAGAUUCUCAAACUCAGACAGACGGAGAGACUCCACCAGGAGGAGACGCUUUCUCCACCUGUGCUUGAGCUGAAGGAACGUCUGAAGCCGGAGCUUCUGGAACUCAUCAGACAGCAGAGACUAAACCGCCUGUGUCACGGAACGCUCUUCCGGAAGAUCAGCAGCCGACGGAGGCAAGACAAGCUGUGGUAUUGUCGUCUCUCUCCUAAUCACAAAGUCCUGCACUAUGGAGAUGUAGAUGAGGAGACGGAAAUGCCCUCCAUCGAGGCUCUUCAGGAAAAGAUUCCUGUCGCAGACAUCAAAAGUGUGGUGACAGGCAAAGACUGUCCUCAUAUGAAGGAGAACAAGGGAAAACAAACCAAGGAGGUGUUGGACUUGGCUUUCAGCAUCACGUAUGAUGUUGAGGAGUAUAGCUUGAAUUUCAUCGCCUCUUCCAGAACAGAUUUCUGUCUGUGGACAGACGGGCUUAACGUGCUUCUGGGCAAAGAGAUGAGCAGCGAGAGCAUGCGCAGUGAACUAGAGAUUCUCCUCUCUAUGGAAAUCAAGCUCCGCCUCCUGGACCUGGAAAAUGUCCCGAUUCCAGACACGGCCCCGCCAAUCCCCAAACCGCCCAGCAACUUCAACUUCUGCUACGACUUCAGCCAAGCUGAACAAUAACACGAGCCCUGUAAGCGUGCGAUCAGAAGUGGUUACUAAAGCGGAAAACAACUCGAGGCUGAAAAUGGCCACUCGGUGGCAGUAGAGAUGCAGGUUCUCAGAUUGGGAGACAUUGAAUUCAAAUUUCAGGGCUUGAUAUGAAAGAGCACUUUGAACAAUCACAGUGAGGUUGCAGAGCGUGUUUGUCUGUGGUGCUGUGCUAUAAUAUAAGUGCCUGCGGUGAAUAUGACAGUCUUGCAUUAAGUGUUUUUUGACGUCUAACGUGCCUUUUUUGUCAAAACUCGUACAACAGACCUGUUUGAAAUGCUUAACGCACACUUUUUGUCUCCUUUUUUCUCCUUUUUACAUGUUUAGCUUCUACCAAAAUUAUACUAAAAGGCAUUAAAUGACAUUGAGCAGCUUAUUAGGGAGGGAUAAAAGAUUAAGCAUAUUUUAAUGUUGGAAUCUUCAUUGAUUCCUUUCCUUGAGACUCAAAAUGGUACUCAACUGGUACGAUGUUAUAGAGGUUAACUUUUAAAACAAUCGCAGAGUUUAUUGUGGAAAAAUAUCCAUUGCAUCAUCAAUGAUGUGCCUGGAAGAUAUCAUGUUUCUGUUCCUUUAUAGAUUGAGCAUCAUAAUGAGUAGAACAGUGUAGGUACAUAUGCAGAUACGCACAAUGUGAAACUCAUUUAUAUUGAUGCAUGAACGGCAUUAUUGCAAUGGCAGCAUGCGCUGUUUAUUUAUGUUUUCAUACAGGUUGUAUUAUUAGGUGCACAUAAAAGGUCAGUGUGCUGAAUUAAAUUGCUGAUUUCUGGUACUGAAGUGGGAUUAAGAUGGUUUGUGUGUUGUUAGAGGAGUAGUUUGACCAAGCGUGGUUUGAAAACACUUCAUGAGUAUAUUGGCAUGAUUUGAUACUUUCGGCCUUGUCACAUAAUCAAUCAUGUUUUCAACUUACACUUGAUGUACAUAACCUCACAUUUUAUUUUUGGUUUAACUACUAGCCUUUUUCCCAUCAGUUCAAAAUACAGUCAUCCCCAUAGGAAAAUCAUGUUUCUCAUGUAAAACAUUUAGCAUUUUAUCAGUCAGAUUUCAUCCACUGUUUUGGUUUAAAAUCUAAAUGUAGUUUUGUCCUUACAUAACAAGCACUUCAUAGUAUGUUGAUUUUAAAAUACAUAUGUUUCGAGAUCAAAAACGUGUAAUUUGAACAUUCUGUGAUCCUUUUGUAUAAUACCUUAAUGGCGCUGACAACUUUAAUGUGUGGAAAAACAUGCAAGAUUUGCUAUACACACUUGUGUAAUCCACUUGUGUUCUAUUGUGGUAGUCACAAAUCUAAUGACAUUGAUCGAGCAAAAAAACAAUCCAUGUACUGUAAUUGCUGUUUUGUAUAUAGCUUUCCUUGUUCAAAUUCUGGUAUUGUGUAACAAUCUUGAUCAAUGAUGUGGCCAUAUUAAUUCCAGAUUUGUUUAUUCUUUGUAUGGAAUUAAAGAAUAUUAUCAUAAUA